AUGGCCUCUCUUACAGCAGCAUGCAGGGCAUCUGCCCGAGCUGUUACUGCUCGGUCCGCUAUUGCUCGUGGCUUCACCACCUCGACGCGAUGCCUCGCCGCUCAGAACUUCACCAUGCCGGCCCUCUCGCCCACUAUGACCGAGGGUAACAUUGCUUCAUGGAAGGUCAAAGAAGGGGAGUCUUUCAGUGCCGGCGAUGUGCUGCUCGAGAUUGAGACCGACAAGGCCAGCAUGGAUGUUGAGGCCCAGGACGAUGGUAUCAUGGUCAAGAUCAUGGCUGGUGAUGGAAGCAAGGCUGUUCAGGUUGGAUCACGCAUUGGUGUCAUUGCUGAGGCUGGCGAUGAUAUCAACUCCCUCGAGAUCCCCGCCGACGAGCAGGCCAAGGAGCAACCCAAGGAACAGUCCAGCGCCCAGGCCCCCAAGGAGAGCACUGCCCCCUCCGAGUCGAACCCCGUCGAGAAGAAGAGCGCGAAACCUACUGGCAACGAUACCUACGAACACAAGUAUCCUCUGCUGCCCUCAGUUGGACACCUGAUCAAGGAGAAGGGUAUCAGUGAGGCCGAUGUCAAGAAGAUCAAGGGCACUGGUCCUCACGGUCGAUUGCUCAAGGGCGAUAUCCUUGCCUACCUUGGAAGCAUCAACCCCGAGACUCCCGCUGCCAACGAGGUCAACUUCAACAACUUGUUCCACCUCGACCUCAGCAACAUCAAGGUCGCUACCAAGCCUGCUCCUCCUUCCAAGCCUGUUGAGGAGGCUAAGGCUGAGGCUCCCAAGGCCCCCGUGGUCGAGAACCUUGAAGUUUCCAUCCCUAUCACUCUGACAAAGGUCGUUGAGGUCCAGAAACGAAUCCACGAGACCCUCGGUGUCUUCCUGCCCAUCUCGACCUUUGUCGGCCGCGCCGCUGAGGUUGCCAACGACGACCUCCCUCCUACCAAGCGUGCCCCUACAGCCAACGAGCUUUUCGACCAGGUUCUCGGCCUCGAUAAGAUCAAGGCCGCUAAGGGUUCUCGCGGUGUCUACCUGCCCCAGAUCUCUGCUGUCCCUCCCACCUCUCUGCUCACUCCUCUCCCCUCCGCCCGCAAGCAGACUGAUAUCAUUGACAUCCUCGCCGCGCCGAAGAAGUCCGCCCCUAAGCCCGCCACCAUCCAGACCGUCCCUGGUCUGUCCAGCGGCACCAAUGUGUUCACCCUUGUGGUCCCCAAGGCCGAGGAGGAGAGAGCACAAAUCUUCCUUGAGCGUUGCAAGGUGAUUCUUGAGGAGGAGCCAGGACGAUUGGUGUUGUGA